AGCCGCCGCCGCGGGCUCCCGGGAUGCACAAGCUGCAGCGCGCUCCCGGGGGGCAGUGCGAGCGCGAGCUUCUGCAUGGCGUGGUGCUCCGCCGGUUUGGGCCCACCGCGCCCCGGUGUGGCACGCCAGCUGCUGCCCCGCCUCCCGGCACCAACGUCCGCGCAGCGGAGCGACGCGCUGUCCCCUCGCAGGGCAAGUCGCGUGGCGCAGGGGCCGCUGGAGCGGCGCGCCGUGCAAGAGGCCGUGGCGCGCGCGGCGGGGUCCCACCCGCGGCUCCUGGAGCUCCACGUGGACUACAACGGCAUCGGCGAGCAGGGUGCGGCCGCGCUGCUGCGGGCGCUCGCCGCCAACGCGGCCCUCGCCAGCCUGUGGUCCCACGGCAACGCCUUCGGCGAGGGCGCCGCGGCGCUGCUGGGCGCCGCGCUGCAGGGCAGGUCUGCGCCUGCCGCGCCUGCGCACAGGCCUGCGCCGGCGCCGGGGCAGGGCGGCGGUGCUGCGGCGGCGCCGGGCGGUUGCGGGGCGCAGAUCUUAGGGGACGCCGGCGGGGACACGGUGGACUUCGGCUGCCAGGCGGGCUCGUGCAGGUUCGCGGACCGCGUCGCCGAGCUGUCCAUCCGCGAGUACCUCGCCCGCUGCGGCGCGCACGCGGCCGGCGCCCGGGGGCAGGUGGUGCUCGCCGCCAUGCUGACCCACGACCCCGCCAGCGACGACAGCCUCUCCGUGGUGUCGCUCGGCGUGGGCACCAAGUUCAUGCCGCGGGACGCGGUGCGCGCCGACGGCCGCUGCCGCGCGCGCGUGCGCGACUCCCACGCCGAGGUGCUGGCCCGCAGGGGGCUCCUGCGCUACCUCUACGCGGAGCUGGCCGCGCAGGCGUCCGGCGCGCCCAGGCCGUCGCCGCUGGCGGCGGCGCCGGAGGCGGACCUCGAAGAGGGAGCCCUCCAGGGCCGGCUCUUUCGCCUGCGGGAGGGGGUCACGCUCCACCUCUACGUGAGCACGGCGCCCUGCGGGUGGGCGAGCGCGGGGGCGGCGGAGCGCAGGGCCGCCGCGUCCGCGCGGGACCUCGGCGCGGACGAGUUCCCGGCGCCGCCCCUGCUGGAGCCCGGCGCGGCCGCGCCGCUCGCCAAGGGCUCGGGGGACCCGGACGCCCCCCCCGGCUGCGUGCGCCUGCCGAGCGUGGCGGCGGCGGCCGGCGUGCCAGGCGUGAGCCUGUGCUGCAGCGACAAGGUGGCCCGCUGGCAGACCCUGGGGCUGCAGGGCGCCCUGCUGUCGCAGUUCCUGCCCGCCCCGCUGCGCCUGACACCGUCACCAUCGGGCGCAAGUUCGGCCAGGCGCGCUGCGAGCGGGCCCUGUGCGGCGGGCCGGGCGCCCGGCCCGUGGCGGUGCUGAGGGCGGGCCCCAGCCUGGAGGCCGCGCUGG